AUGCCCGAAACUAUCCCCACAAGUCGUACAAGCAAGGGAGACGUACUGGUUCGGAUGCCUUCCGCCUCAGCUGCCGCCCACCUCCGAGUUGUCGCCGCCGCCGCUCAGCUCGCUCCCGCCUCCCCGCUCUGGCUGUUUGAAAUUGUCGCGCAUGGCAUGCCGAGGGUAGAAGAAGCGGAAGAGAUGUUGAUUGAGGGAUUGGAGAAGAGGAUAGGCGAGGGCGGAGUGCGCUCGGUGCGCUGGCUCCCGAGCAGGAAGAGGGAGGCUCGCUUCGGGUCAAUGAUGGCGGUCCUGUGGAACGACAAGAUGGUCAGCAGGAUUACUAAGGGCAACGGAGACCUCUGUAUUGACUCAGCAGUCUGCGUGAGGUGCGAGAAGGCGAGAGGGAGGAAAGAGAUGACGCACGGGGAGGAGGCAGGCAAGCCGGCGGAGAAGGUCGCGGGAGGCGCCAAGGCGACGCUGGCGGAUGUGGAGAGCAUGCAGAAAGGAGCAGCUGAGGCUCAGGAGCAGAAGGAGCGGGAGAAGGGUGAGGAGAAGGAGGCCAAGGACGAACCGGCUCGCGCAAAACUCGAUAAGUCCGGUGGCGGCUCGCUCACAAAUUUGCCCUCACUCGUCGGGAACCAACGCAAAUUGCCUAUUGCAACCACUACAACCUCCUCUACGCCCACGAACCCCUUCGAACCCGUCCUCCCGCCCAACUUGGCCGACUUCUCCAUCGAUUGGUCCGCAGGAGACGAUUUCGGCGCCGUUCUCCACGAGGUCCCGGAUUCUGCGGGCGCCUCCGCACCAUCCACCUCCGACAUGAUCCUCGUCGGCAACUCGCCGCUCUCCCCGACACUCGCCGCCUGCCGCCAAUCUCUCAAGAAGGACAAGAUCUUUCCCUCGCUUUUUCCGGCCUUUGCUUCGUUUUAUCCUGGCUUCCUAUUGCUUCCCACAGCUUCCGAGACCACCAGCGGGAUCUGGUCUCAUGUCCCGACACCGCUUGCCAACCGCCCAACCCAGUACCGCCCCAUGCCGAUAGUCGACUUCGAGCCGACCACGAGCGAGGCGGAGGGCGGGGCGGACCGUUCGUGGGCGGACAAGACCGAGGCGGAAUUCCCCAUCGCGAAAGCGAAAGAGGAAGGCGGAGAAAAGAAAGAGGAGUCGCGAAAGGUUGACCGGUCGAAGAAGGGGAAGGAGGGAAAGGCGACAAGGGCAACGUUGCUGGCGAAGAACGAGCGAGGGAAUGAAGGCGAGGCGAAGAGGAGCGUGCCGCCGAGGGCACGGCGCAUUGUCGCACCAGCACAGAAGGAGAAGAGCCUGCCAAGGGAACCAAAAAACCUCAUUUGCCUCCGCAAAAACCCGAACAUUGCCACCACCGACCUCCUCCUCAUCCAAGAACCCCCACGCCCGCUCAAACCCUCCCACAAUCCCAACUGGCAACUUGUCACACCUCCACCAACUGCGCUCCCCGAUGGCAAGCCCGCGCCCAUCCGCCACCUCAUCCUCCUCUCAACCCGCCUCGGACCGGCCGCCGUGACGCAAGUUCCGGUCGUUUCAGGUGACGUCACGACGCUUGACGUCGAGCUGCUGCAUGGCGAGAAGAUCCGGGUCGUCAGCAUGUACAACCCGUGCAACGAGCGCGGAAAGGAAGUACGCUACUUACCCUACAACCACUCUGUCUCGACCAUCCUCCCGCCUCUACUUGCCUCAACCGCCGCCAUCUCGCUCAUUGUAGUCGCCGGAGACUUCAACCUGUCGCAUCCGGACUGGGACGAGUUAGUAGGCGAACCGGAGGAAGCAGUACGCACCUUCACCCAACACAACCUCACUCACUGCCUGCCGCCCAACACGAUCACAUACCACCCUUACAACACGAGGAACCGCAGCAAACCCCUCGAACUUGUACUCGGCUCGCUGCGCGCAGAAGAUCGAGUCGUCAGCUGCGGUCUUGCUGAAGAUCUCGAGGCCGGAUCCAACCAUCGUCCUGUUCAACUUGUCCUUGCCCUUGAACACGCCACCAACACCCCUCCCCCACACUGCGCCUUCCGCCGCACCGACUCCAUCGUCCUCGAACGGGCAUUCCUUGACGCAACUGCCCGCCUUCCCACCUCGCCGCUCCUCUCGUCCGCCGACAUCGACAAGCGCACGGAACAACUCACCAAUGCCCUUCAAACCGCCGUCUCGGCCGCAAUGCCCCUCACCUGCGCGCGAGCCGGCCAUGUCGUACCGUGGUGGGACAAGGAGCUCGCAGAAGCGAGCAAGUUGGCGAAGAAGGCGGCGAACCGAGCGUUCCGCCUGCGAGGCAUGGCAGGGUGCGAAGUCGAAGUCGAGUUUGCAGAGAGGGAGAGGAGGAAGAGGCAAAACGAGAUGAAGAAGUUGAUGAAGGGGAAGAGGGAGAAAUGGGACGAGCGUGAACUGGCGGAGGUGAAGGAAGCGACGCUGUGGACAAUGGUCAAAAAGAGGAUCAACAACGCGGCACCCGCCAACACGACAACCCCCCCUCCGAAAGGGAAACGCAACCUCCUCCUGCCACUCCUCCUCCCGCACCUCGUCCCCCUCCACCGCGCCUCGCUCGCCCUUGGCCACAUCCCUCGCUCAUGGCGCGACGCCUCCUGCAUCGUACUCCGCAAGACGAAGAAACCCGACUACCGAGACCCAAAAGCGUACCAGUUGAUCGCCUUUGAGCGCUGCGUCGCCAAAGCCCUCGAGCAGGUAGUCGCUGCCCGCCUUGCGCACCUCGCCGAGACGCACGCCAUGCUGCCGAACUCGCACUUCGGCGGGAGGAAGCGCCGGUCGGCCAAGGACGCGGUAGUCUGCGUGAUAGAUGAGAUCAAAGGUCAGUGGCGGAAAGGGAAUGCGGUUGUCGGGCUCGCUCUUGACGUCUCCAAGGCGUUCCCGAUUCGAGGCAUCGUCAGCGAGUCAAUCGAAUGGACGAGCGGACUUCCGCAAGGCUCACCGCUAUCGCCUAUCCUCUUCCUCACGUACAGCGCCCCCCUACUCGAUAUCUGCAAAACAUUGACAACCUGCGGCUUUGGGUGGAUCGACGACGUCAACAUCCUGGCGUGGGGUAAGACGGUGGAAGAAGCGGUCAGCGCUAUGAAUUCGCUCGUUCCAAAGCUGGAGACGUGGUCCAACUCGCAUUUGUCCGCAUUCGAGCCCACCAAAACAGAAGCGACCAUCUUCCUCCCCUCCUCGUGCGCCAUGCCUCCCAACCUGCCGCGUGUUGUCCUCCGCGACCAUCGCAUCGAGUUCAAACCCGCCCUGACGAUGCUCGGCACGAACUCGACAGCCGACUCACCUUCCGCGAUCGCAUCACCGCCUGCGCCGCCCGCACCACCACAUUGA